AUGGCGAGAGAUCACAAGAAACGCACAGCUCUUUCACAUGCCAUCAUAAAUGGACAGGAACAUUGUGCAGCUAUGCUUCUCUCGAAAGGCGCUGAUUUCCUUAAGGGAGAUUCCUCCAACAACACCCCGGCGCACUACGCCGCUGCGUAUGGCUGGCUGGAUUGUUUGAAGCUUUUAGCCAAUAUUGACCCAAGCUGCUUAAAACAAGAAAAUGACUGGAAACUUACGCCACUUUCCAUCGCCUAUCUGAAAGGUCAUUAUGGGAUUGUGCGAUGGCUUCUGGAAGAGGAAGCAGAGUACGUGGAUAUCAAUGGAAAAGACAUGGAAGGUGUAACGCUACUAUCGUCUCUACUACGUUAUGCGGAUCAGAGUGCUCAGAGUGAACUUCUCGAGCAAAUGCAGUACCUGCUCUCAAGGUUAAUGAGAAGUUGGAUCGAGUUUAAGUAUAGAAGCAUUUUCCCAUUUAAAUGA